UGUGUGUUAUCCACAGGUAGACACCAUGAACUACGUGGGCCAGCUGGCAGGCCAGGUGUUGGUGACUGUGAAGGAGCUGUAUAAGGGCAUCAACCAGGCCACACUGUCAGGCUGCAUCGACGUGGUAGUGGUCAGACAGCCUGACGGGACCUUCCACUGCUCCCCCUUCCACGUACGCUUUGGGAAACUGGGCGUGCUGCGCUCCAAGGAGAAAGUGGUGAGUUUUGGGGAUAACUGAUAGAGAGAGGUCAGAGUUUUUUCUGCAUAGAAAAUUAGUUUUUUCAGGCCGCCUAUGUCCAAACAGUAAAAAAUAAUCAUACAUAAUUUUGAAAAUAAUUUUCAGUGUAAACUUAAACGACUAAAAACAGAUAUAAAGUACACUACCGGUCGAACGUUUUAGAACACCUACUCAUUCAAGGGUUUUUCUUUAUUUUUACUAUUUUCUACGUUGUAGAAUAAUAGUAAAGACAUCAAAACUAUGAAAUAACACAUAUGGAAUCAUGUAGUAACCAAAAAAGUGUUAAACAAAUGAAAAUAUAUGUUAUACAGUGAGGGAAAAAAGUAUUUGAUCCCCUGCUGAUUUUGUACGUUUGCCCACUGACAAAGACACGAUCAGUCUAUAAUUUUAAUGGUAGUUUUAUUUGAAAAGUGAGAGACAGAAUAACAACAAAAAAAUCCAGAAAAAUGCAUGUCAAAAAUUUUAUAAAUUGAUUUGCAUUUUAAUGAGGGAAAUAAGUAUUUGACCCCUCUGCAAAACAUGACUUAGUACUUGGUGGCAAAACCCUUGUUGGCAAUCACAGAGGUCAGAUGUUUCUUGUAGUUGGCCACCAGGUUUGCACACAUCUCAGGAGGGAUUUUGUCCCACUCCUCUUUGCAGAUCUUCUCCAAGUCAUUAAGGUUUCGAGGCUGACGUUUGGCAACUCGAACCUCCAGCUCCCUCUACAGAUUUGCUAUGGGAUUAAGGUCUGGAGACUGGCUAGGCCACUCCAGGACCUUAAUGUGCUUCUUCUUGAGCCACUCCUUUGUUGCCUUGGCCAUGUGUUUUGGGUCAUUGUCAUGCUGGAAUACCCAUCCACGACCCAUUUUCAAUGCCCUGGCUGAGGGAAGGAGGUUCUCACCUAAGAUUUGACGGUACAUGGCCCCAUCCAUCGUCCCUUUGAUGCGGUGAAGUUGUCCUGUCCCCUUAGCAGAAACCCCCCCCCCCCCCCAAAGCAUAAUGUUUCCACCUCCAUGUUUGACGGUGGGGAUGGUGUUCUUGGGGUCAUAGGCAGCAUUCCUCCUCCUCCAAACACAGCGAGUUGAGUUGAUGGCAAAGAGCUCGAUUUUGGUCUCAUCUGACCACAACACUUUCACCCAGUUCUCCUCUGAAUCAUUCAGAUGUUCAUUGGCAAACUUCAGACGGGCCUGUAUAUGUGCUUUCUUGAGCAGGGGGACCUUGCGGGCGGUGCAGGAUUUCAGUCCUUCACGGCGUAGUGUGUUACCAAUUGUUUUCUUGGUGACUAUGGUCCCAGCUGCCUUGAGAUCAUUGACAAGAUCCUCCCGUGUAGUUCUGGGCUGAUUCCUCACCGUUCUCAUGAUCAUUGCAACUCCACGAGGUGAGAUCUUGCAUGGAGCCCCAGGCCGAGGGAGAUUGACAGUUAUUUUGUGUUUCUUCCAUUUGCGAAUAAUCGCACCAACUGUUGUCACCUUCUCACCAAGCUGCUUGGCGAUGGUCUUGUAGCCCAUUCCAGCCUUGUGUAGUUCUAUAAUCUUGUCCCUGACAACCUUGGAGAGCUCUUUGGUCUUGGCCAUGGUGGAGAGUUUGGAAUCUGAUUGAUUGCUUUUGUGGACAGGUGUCUUUUAUACAGGUAACAAACUGAGAUUAGGAGCACUCCCUUUAAGAGUGUGCUCCUAAUCUCAGCUCGUUACCUAUAUAAAAGACACCUGGGAGCCAGAAAUAUUUCUGAUUGAGAGGGGGUCAAAUACUUAUUUCCCUCAUUAAAAUGCAAAUCAAUUUAUAACAUUUUUGACAUGCGUUUUUCUGGAGUUUUUUGUUGUUAUUCUGCCUCUUACUGUUCAAAUAAACCUACCAUUAAAACUAUAGACUGAUCAUUUCUUUGUCAGUGGGCAAACGUACAAAAUCAGCAGGGGAUCAAAUACUUUUUUCCCUCACUGUAUUUGCAAUUCUUCAAAUAGCCACCCUUUGCCUUGAUGACAGCUUUGCACACUCUUGGCAUUCUCUCAACCAGCUUCACCUGGAACGCUUUUCCAACAGUCUUAAAGGAUUUCCCACAUAUGCUGAGCAGUUGUUGGCUGCUUUUCCUUCACACUGCGGUCAGACUCAUCCCAAACCAUCUCAAUUUGGUUGAUGUCAGGGAUUGUGGAAGCCAGGUCAUCUGAUGCAGCACUCCAUCACUCUCCUUCUAGGUAAAAUAGCCCUUCCACAGCCUGGAGGUGUGUUGGGUCAUUGUCCUGUUGAAAAACAAAUGAUAGUCCCACUAAGCCCAAAUCAGAUGGGAUGGCGUAUUGCUGCAGAAUGCUGUGGUAGCCAUGCUGGUUAAGUGUGCCUUGAAUUCUAAAUAAAUCACAGACAGUGUCACCAGCAAAGCACCCCCACACCAUAACACCUCCUCCUCCAUGCUUUACGGUGGGAACUACACAUGCGGAGAUCAUCCGUUCACCCACACCGCGUCUCACAAAGACACAGCGGUUGGAACUAAAAAUCUCAAAUUUCCACCGGUCUAAUGUCCAUUGCUCAUGUUUCUUGUCCCAAGCAAGUCUCUUCUUCUUAUUGGUGUCCGUUAGUAAUGGUUUCUUUGCAGCAAUUCGACCAUGAAGGCCUGAUUCACACAGUCUCCUCUGAACAGUUGAGUUGUGUCUGUUACUUGAACUCUGUGAAGCAUUUAUUUGGGCUGCAAUUUCUGAGGCUGGUAACUCUAAUAAACUCUGGGUCUUCCAUUCCUGUGGCGGUCCUCAUGAGAUCCAGUUUCAUCAUAGUGCUUGAUGUUUUUUGCGACUGCACUUGAAGAAACCUUCAAAGGUCUUGAAAUGUUCCGUAUUGACUGACCUUCAUGUCUUAAAGUAAUGAUGGACUGUCGUUUCUCUUUGCUUUUUUGAGCUGUUCUUUCCAUAAUAUGGACGUGGUCUUUUACCAAAUAGGGCUAUCUUCUGUAUACCACCCCUACCUUGUCACAACACAACUGAUUGGCUCAAACGCAUUAAGAAGGAAAGAAAUUCCACAAAUUAACUUUUAAGAAGGCACACCUGUUAAUUGAAAUUCAUUCCAGGUGACUACCUCAUGAAGCUGGUUGAGAGAAUGCCAAGAGUGUGCAAAGCUGUCAUCAAAUCAAAGGGUGGCUAUUUGAACAAUCUCAAAUCUCAAAUAUAUUUUGUUUAACACUUUUUUGGUUACUACAUGAUUCCAUAUGUGUUAUUUCGUAGUUCUGAUGUCUUCACUAUUAUUUUACAAUGUAGAAAAUAGUAAAUAUAAAGAAAAACCCUUGAAUGAGUAGGUGUUCUAAAACUUUUGACCGGUAGCGUACGUAGAAAAGAUAAUGGACCUAUAUAUUUUUAAAUAAGAUCAUCUUGAGAACCAACAAUUUUGUCACUGCGGCCAACAGGCGGGCCUCUAAUAUUUCCAGACCAAAACACUUGCUGUGAAAGGUAUGUAGGGUUGCAAAAUUCGGAUCAUUUUGCAACAAAUGUAAGGUUCCUGGAAUUAGGAAGGAAUAAGCGGGAAAUACAGCAUCAUCCAACCAGGAUUUCUGAAAACCUUGGAAUUUUGGGAAAGUUAACCGAAUUUUGUAACCCCAGUGAAAAAAUUCCCAGAGCUAAAUCCACCCAUUUUACCAGACACUUUAUCCAGCGCAACUAGGGUCAAGUACCUUGCUCAAGGGCACAUCGACAGAGCUUUCACCUAGUUGGCUUGGGGAUUUGAACCAGUGACCUUUCAGUUACUGGUCCAAUGCGCUUAACCGCUAGGCUACGUGCCGCCUGCCUAGAAUCUUUCUUACACCUUGCUACUGUAUUCCGCAUCAUCUCUGGCAGAUGGAAGGAUGUUGAAAACCUUUGUCUAGGUCUGUAAUGGCAGUUUAGUAUUACAGGGUUCCAUUUGCUUGUUCGCUCUAUCACAUCCAAUACUGACGUGUAAUUAGGGCCCUUUCAUGUUGCUGUGUGGAAAUGCUGCUGCUUGACACAGAUCCAGGUAUAAAGAAGUCCUUCUGAGAGAGCAGUUGAGAGUGAAUGUGGGGAGGACGACCAGCCCAGCUCAUCCUCCCGAGACACUGGGGUUGCAUCUCAAAUGGCACCUUAUUCCCUAUUUAGUGCACUACUUUUGACCAGGACCCAUAGGGAUCUGGUCAAAAGUAGUGAACUAAAUAGGUAAUAGGGUGUCAUUUGGGACAGAGGCAGGAGCACCGCUGUACCGCUACUGCUCGCCUCAGUCACUAUGGCAACACAGUUUUAGAUUUUCCUCUGCAUAGGGGAGGAGAGAUGGCCUUGAUACAGUACAGAGAGGAAUGUAACAUAACAGUGUGGGAGGACUGACACAGCAUCAGGCAAUGGAUUUGGUGAUGAUGCUAUCUUUUAUAAGAUCCUUUGAAAACUCAUAUAGCUACUGCACUGGUUGUAUUAUUGAUGGACAUACAAAUAUAUAUCCUUUACAGUGCCUUGCAAAAGUAUUUAUCCCCUUUGGCGUUUUUCCUAUUUUGUUGCUGCAAAGCUCCACAGCGGAGAUUGGAGUAUCUGUCCAUAGGACCACUUUAAGCCGUACACUCCACAGAGCUCGGCUUUACGGAAGAGUGGCCAGAAAAAAGCCAUUGCUUGAAGAAAAUAAUAAGCAAACACGUUUGGUGUUCGCCAAAAGGCAUGUGGGAGACUCCCCAAACAUAUGGAAGAAGGUACUCUGGUCAGAUGAGACUAAAAUUGAGCUUUUUGGCCUUCAGGGAAAACGCUAUGUCUGGUGCAAACCCAACACCUCUCAUCACCCCGAGAACACCAUCCCCACAGUGAAGCAUGGUGGUGGCAGCAUCAUGCUGUGGGGAUGUUUUUCAUCAGCAGGGACUGGGAAACUGGUCAGAAUUGAAGGAAUGAUGGAUGGCACUAAAUACAGGGAAAUUCUUGAGGGAAACCUGUUUCAGUCUUCCAGAGAUUUGAGACUGGGAUGGAGGUUCACCUUCCAGCAGCACAAUGACCCUAAGCAUACUGCUAAAGCAACACUCGACUCCCGAGCAAUACCUCCCGAGUGGCGCAGUGGUCUAAGGCUCUAGUGGCUGUGCCACUUGAGAUCCUGGUUUGAAUCCAGGCUCUGUCGUAGCAGGCUGCAACCGGGAGACCCAUGGGGCGGCGCACAAUUGGACCAGCGUCAUCCAGGGUAGGGGAGGGAAUGGCCUGCAGGGAUGUAGCUCAGUUGGUAGAGCAUGGCGUUUGCAACGCCAGAGUUGUGGUUUCGAUUCCCACGGGGGGCCAGUAUAAAAAAUAAUAAUGUAUGCACUCACUAACUGUAAGUUGCUCUGGAUAAGAGUGACUGUAAAUGUAAAAAUGUUUAAGGGGAAACAUUUAAAUGUCUUGGAAUGGCCUAGUCAAAGCCCAGACCUCAAUCCAAUUGAGAAUCUGUGGAACCCAUCCAACUUGAAGGAGCUGUAGCAGUUUUGCCUUCAAGAAUGGGCAAAAAUCCCAGUGGCUAGAUAUGCCAAGUUUAUAGAGACAUACACAGAGAGACUUGCAGCUGUAAUUGCUGCAAAAGGUGGCUCUACAAAGUAUUGACAUUGGGGGGGUGAAUAGUUAUGCAAGCUCAGGUUCUGUUUUUUUGUCUUAUUUCUUGUUUGUUUCACAAUAAAAAAUAUUUUGCGUCUUGAAAGUGGUAGGCAUGUUGUUUAAAUCAAAUGAUACAAACCCCAAAAAAAUCUAUUUUAAUUCCAGAUUGUAAGGCAACAAAAUAGGAAAAAUGCCAAGGGGGGUGAAUACUUUCGCAAGCCACUGUACAUAAAACAUUUAACAUUUUCUUCCUUUACUGAAACAGACCAUUAUCACUUUGUCUGCGUCCCAAAUGGCAUCCUAUUUCCUACAUAGUGCAUUUCUUUUGACCAGAGCCCUAUGGGGGCCUCUACACAGGCAGCCCAAUUCUAAGUGUCUUUUGACCAAUCACAUCAGAUCUUUUCACAUCAGAUGUUUUUCAGAAAAAAUAUCAGAAUUGGGCUGCCUGUGUGAACUUAGCCUAAGACUGCAAGCAAGUUUAUACACUGAACAAAUAUAUAAACGCAACAUAUAAAGUGUUGGUCCCAUGUUUCAUGAGCUGAAAUAAAACCUCCCAGAAACUUUCAAUACGCACCAAAAGCUUAUUUCCCUCAAAUGUUGUGUACACAUUUGUUUACAUCCCUGUUAGUGAGCAUGCCAAGAUAAUCCAUCCACCUGACAGGUGUGGCAUAUCAAGAAGCUGAUUAAACAGCAUGAUCAUUACACAGGUGCACCUUGUGCUGGGGACAGUAAAAGGCCACUCUAAAAUGUGCAGUUUUGUCACACAACACAAUGCCACAGAUGUCUCAAGUUUUGAUGGAGUGUGUGAUUGGCACGCUGACUGCAGGAAUGUCCACCAGAGCUGUUGCCAGAGAAUUUUGUAUUCAUUUCUCUACCACAAGCCGCCUCCAACAUCGUUUUAGAGAAUUUGGCAUUACGUCAAACUGGCCUCACAACAGCAGACCACGUGUAUGGCGUCGUGUGGGCGAGCGGUUUGCUGAUGUCAACGUUGUGAACAGAGUGCCCCAUGGUGGCAUUGGGGUUAUGGUAUGGGCAGCCAUAAGCUACGUACAACAAACACAAUUGCAUUUUAUCAAUGGCAAUUUGAAUGCACAGAGAUACGGUGAUGAGAUCUUGAGGCCCAUUGUCGUGCCAUUUAUCCACGCCAUCACCUCAUGUUUCAGCAUGAUAAUGCACUGCCCCAUGUCGCAAGGAUCUGUACACAAUUCCUGGAAGCUGAAAAUGGCCCAGUUCUUCCAUGGCCUGCAUACUCACCAGACAUGUCACCCAUUGAGCAUGUUUGGGAUGCUCUGGAUCGACAUGUACGACAGUGUGUUCCAGUUCCACAGCCAUUGAAGAGGAGUGGGACAACAUUCUACAGACCACAAUCAACAGCCUGAUCAACUCUAUGCGAAGGAGAUGUGUCGCGCUGCAUGAGGCAAAUGGUGGUCACCCCAGAUACUGACUGGUUUUCUGAUCCACGCCCCUUUUUAAGGUAUCUGUGACCAACAGAUGUAUAUCUGUAUUCCCAGUCAUGUGAAAUCCAUAGAUUAGGGCCUAAUUCAUUUAUUUUAAUUGACUGAUUUCCUUAUAUGAACUGUAACUCAGUAAAGUCUUUGAAAUUGUUGCAUGUUUCGUUUUAAUAUUUUUGUUCAGUAUAAAUGCCCUGGUUAUUAUAAAGUGUUAGGGGCUGUAUAUUUCAAGCUUCUGAGAGUAGGAGUGCUCCCCAGGCCAUGGGCAAAACUGAUCCUAAAUCAGCACUCCUAGUCUGAGACAAUUGAUACAUAUGGCCCCAGAGUUCCUCCAUAAAUGGAUGCCUGACCUGUCCUUUACCUCUGCAGAUUGACAUUGAGAUCAAUGGAGAACCAGUGGAGUUGCACAUGAAGCUGGGGGACAACGGAGAGUCUUUCUUUGUACAGGAAACCGAGCAGCAUAAUGUAAGUUUUAUAAGUUUUAUAAUCGGUCUAAUGACAACCACUGUUGACACAGCUUAUUACUGACUAUGUAUGUGUCCCAAAUGACACCCUAUUCCCUAAUACGUGCACUUAUUUUGAGCAAAUGUAGUGCAUCAUGUAGGGAAUAGGGUACCAUUGGGGAUGCAGUCUAUAACGUGAUCUUGUUGUGACUCGUUGUCUCUUUGUCACCCCGACCCAGGAGAUAAUCCCUGCCCACCUUGUGACGUCGCCAAUCCCCACAGAGGAGACUCUGUGGAGGGGCAGAGAGUCCAGAGCUGGGGGGUCGGGCCUGGAGGGUGGGCUGCAGCCGCCCCAUGGGGACUCAGAGGAUCCAGCCUCCUCCUCGAUCCCCCUCCUUCCCCCAAGCACCACAGCAGGGAAGAAGAAGAAGAGACGCAGGAGGAAGCACAAAGCAGACCCCCGUAAGGAGGAGCAACAGGCCUCCACUGCUGGUGGUGAGGAGGUCUGUGAGCUGAGCUCAGACGAGGAGCACGGUACACACAACAACGGCAGGUAACUGGACAGAGGAGUAGGGUGUAGUUGCCCCUAGAUGCGGAUCUUGAGCAGUUCACCCCCCCACACUAAUGGUUAAGGAUUGGGGGAGGGGAACCUGAUCCUAGAUCUGUACCUACGGGAACCUUCACCCAGAGCUAAUUGGACAGACAGAGGGGGCUGAUGGGGGCUCAAUGACUCCAUGGGCACACUCUCAGGUUGUGUCUGGGUGGGUCUGCUCUGCACAGUGUGUGUAGAGACUAGGGAGUGUUAACACUGUGGUCAAUGGGGGGAUCUUCUUCACUCCCUCAGGGCCUCCUCGUUCUCUACAGUGAAGGACUCAGUGGAACACAGGCAGCACCCUACCCUCCACUCCCUGGACAGCUACCCCUUCUCUGAUGGAGACUGGUCUCCCGGCGACAGCCACAGGUAUGACCCCCUCACUCAGUCACUCAGUCAAUAACUUCCUAAUCAAAUAUUUACACAGAUAAUGCAAACAGUCAGGAUCAUUAGGAAUAUUUUUUAUUUCCUUAGGAUUUAACAAAACAAAUCUAGCGUCAAUCUAGUGCACCUGAUUCUAAUAAUUAGCUGGUUGAUAAGCUGAAUCAGGUUAGUUACAACUGGGGUUGGAUUGAAAACUUACAGGAGGGUAGCUCUCCAGGAACAGGGUUGGAGAGCCCUGAUCUAAGGCGUGUUAUAGAGCAGUACACUGGACAGCCGUCAAUGCGCCUUUUAUUUUAAAGGUAAUGUUCCUGACGUCGGCUCAAGCUUCAAUUAUCUUAAAAGGCGCAUUGUCGAAUGUACAGUGUAUUGCUCUAUAACACGCCUUGGACUGAAUCCCAGCUUAGGUAGAUAUAAAUAAAAAUGCUAGCACGAACAUUGAUAAAAUAGCCCUGUGGAGCUGUGAAUACAUGUCCUCUUGUGGUCAAAGUAAAUGUAUUGUGCUGUUUUCUCGAUUGCAACAGAUCCCCAAGAUCCCUGUCUGAGCCCAUGUCUCCAAAGAGUGACUCAGAGCUGAUGGUGAAGUCAUCAGAGAGCAUGCUCAGAGCAGAUUCACACAUGCAGUGGUCUUGGGGAGAGUUCCCAGAAUCCACCAGGGUAAGGCCUAGGUCUUGCGUUUCAAAUGGCACUCUAUUCCAUAUAUAGAGAUGGAAACAUGCCAAACAUUUUAUAAUAUGAAAUCCCUAUACCCACUGAUUUCAUAUUGACUCUCUUUUUGUCCAGGUCAGUAAGAAAGAGCGCUCGGAGCUGCCUAAGACGGUGACUAUCACCCCAUCAGAGAGCACCCACUUCAGGGUCAUCCUCAGCUCUGAGGCCAUGGAGGUGGAGGCUGGGGGACUGCACACCUCUCUGGACCCGGUGUGUGGACCUGCCAUCGUCAAACCAGAGCCCCGGACCCUCAAACAAAAUACCCUCCACAGCUCCAAACACCAACCACCCGACCCUCUAUCUGAACCCCAUCAUCCCCCCAAACCCAUUCAUGACCAUUGUCCACCCCAACCUGAACCAUGUCCCCUCAAACCAGAACCAGGUGCUCUAACGUCAGAGCCCAGUCCAGACCUCUGUAUCCUGGCCAAGCCUGAACGGAGUGCCCAUUGGACCACUCCUCCCAGGGUGCUUGAUUCCAGCCAGAGGGACAGUGGCUCUGCUGCCUGUGGGGCCAGUUGCAUGGCCGGGGACCUGGGAUCCAUCGACUCCAAGACUGACUCCCCCUCCAAGAGGAAAGGUACUAAUUGUGCUUGUAAUAGCAACUGAAAGUAUUUUAAAAACCAAAUUGAACGUAUGCAUAGAUGGUUUAUAUAAAUAGCUUAUUGAUCAAGUAUAACACAUGACUUAGGCCUUUAUAAGGCUUCUGGCUUACUUGCUUAUGGCAGCACAAUGUGCCGGAUGAUGGCAUGUAUGUACAGUGGGGAAAAAAAGUAUUUAGUCAGCCACCAAUUGUGCAAGUUCUCCCACUUAAAAAGAUGAGAGAGGCCUGUAAUUUUCAUCAUAGGUUCACGUCAACUAUGACAGACAAAUUGAGGAAAAAAAAUCCAGAAAAUCACAUUGUAGGAUUUUUAAUGAAUUUAUUUGCAAAUUAUGGUGGAAAAUAAGUAUUUGGUCACCUACAAACAAGCAAGAUUUCUGGCUCUCACAGACCUGUAACUUCUUCUUUAAGAGGCUCCUCUGUCCUCCACUCGUUACCUGUAUUAAUGGCACCUGUUUGAACUUGUUAUCAGUAUAAAAGACACCUGUCCACAACCUCAAACAGUCACACUCCAAACUCCACUAUGGCCAAGACCAAAGAGCUGUCAAAGGACACCAGAAACAAAAUUGUAGACCUGCACCAGGCUGGGAAGACUGAAUCUGCAAUAGGUAAGCAGCUUGGUUUGAAGAAAUCAACUGUGGGAGCAAUUAUUAGGAAAUGGAAGACAUACAAGACCACUGAUAAUCUCCCUCGAUCUGGGGCUCCACGCAAGAUCUCACCCCGUGGGGUCAAAAUUAUCACAAGAACGGUGAGCAAAAAUCCCAGAACCACACGAGGGGACCUAGUGAAUGGCCUGCAGAGAGCUGGGACCAAAGUAACAAAGCCUACCAUCAGUAACACACUACGCCGCCAGGGACUCAAAUCCUGCAGUGCCAGACGUGUCCCCCUGCUUAAGCCAGUACAUGUCCAGGCCCGUCUGAAGUUUGCUAGAGUGCAUUUGGAUGAUCCAGAAGAGGAUUGGGAGAAUGUCAUAUGGUCAGAUGAAACCAAAAUAUAACUUUUUGGUAAAAACUCAACUCGUCGUGUUUGGAGGACAAAGAAUGCUGAGUUGCAUCCAAAGAACACCAUACCUACUGUGAAGCAUCGGGGUGGAAACAUCAUGCUUUGGGGCUGUUUUUCUGCAAAGGGACCAGGACGACUGAUCCGUGUAAAGGAAAGAAUGAAUGGGGCCAUGUAUCGUGAGAUUUUGAGUGAAAACCUCCUUCCAUCAGCAAGGGCAUUGAAGAUGAAACGUGGCUGGGUCUUUCAGCAUGAAAAUGAUCCCAAACACACAGCCCGGGCAACGAAGGAGUGGCUUCGUAAGAAGCAUUUCAAGGUCCUGGAGUGGCCUAACCAGUCUCCAGAUAUCAACCCCAUAGAAAAUCUUUGGAGGGAGUUGAAAGUCUGUGUUGCCCAGCGACAGCCCCAAAACAUCACUCUAGAGGAGAUAUGCAUGGAGGAAUGGGCCAAAAUACCAGCAACAGUGUGUGAAAACCUUGUGAAGACUUACAGAAAACGUUUGACCUGUGUCAUUGCCAACAAAGGGUAUAUAACAAAGUAUUGAGAAACUUUUGUUAUUGACCAAAUACUUAUUUUCCACCAUAAUUUGCAAAUAAAUUCAUUAAAAAUCCUACAAUGUGAUUUUCUGGAUUUUUUUUCCUCAAUUUGUCUGUCAUAGUUGACGUGAACCUAUGAUGAAAAUUACAGGCCUCUCUCAUCUUUUUAAGUGGGAGAACUUGCACAAUUGGUGGCUGACUAAAUACUUUUUUUCCCCACUGUAUAUGGUGGAUUGGAAGUGAUGCAGACAAUUACAUUGAUGGAAGCUACAAUCUAUCUGCAAUAUUAAAGCUGAUCUACCCCCUAAAAAAAUUAUUUAAAAAAAUAACAACAAAUAAAAGUAUAACACAUGACUUAGGCCUUUAUAAGGCUUCUGGCUUACUUUCUUAUGGCAGCACAAUGUGCCGGAUGAUGGCAUUCCAUAGCCCUCUGUUGUUAAUGACAGCUAGUAUGAACAAAUGCUUUAUGUUUUAUGUCCCCUAUUUUAUGUUUUAUGUCCCCUAUUUUAAGUACCCCAUAGCUCCAUCACUACAGAAUGGUCUGAUGGCAACAGAGAGGAAAUGGUUUAGUCAUGAGUAAGGCCUCAGACAAACCAAUAGCGUUUGCUGGCCGGUUCAUUCCUACUAGGCGGUGCCUUUUGGACCUCAUAACAUUUUGGGGAAAAAGUAUAUCAGAAAAAAAUAUAUAUAUCAGAAAAAGGACAUGUUUGACUUUCAGAAAAACGUAUUGGGUCAACAUAUUUUAGGUGCAUUUUCCGACCUGUUAGGUGCAUAAUCCUAAAGUGCAUAAUCCUAACAGGGUGGAACAUAACAGGAUGGAAAUCUGGAGCCUAAAUUAGCCAUAGCUCUGUGAGUGAGUAAGAUUGAGCUAGCAUAAUGGUGAACACUUAAACAGGAUCUAUCAAACAUAUUUUAAAAAUGUGGUUAAUUUAGCCUAACAGGUUGGAAAUGCAUGAAACAUGGACAAAUAGAUAAAACUGAGUGUUUAUAUUUAUUUAGCCUUGCACCAUUGUUUUCCCACCAAAGAAAUGAUGACACUUCCUGAAUGUGGUGUUAUUGUAGGAAGGGGUUGUUUUCUUGAAGGAGAAUUACAACAAACUAACAGGGUGGAAAGUAUUAUCAGGGACACACAUAAAAUCUUAAAUAAAAUAAUAAUAAAUACAAACACCAUGAAAAAAAAAAAACAGUGGUGAGAGAGAAUUUAACCAGGACUAUAAAAUAGUGAAGAAAGAUUUUAAGUAUUUUAUAAUUUUAUGGCUUAUAUUUAUUGUGGAAGUUGAUGAAUAACAACCGGGAACAUGGCAAAAACGCCUACAUCCACUGAAAUAAAGUGUUACAAAUUGAUACAAUUUCCUUUCAAGAUCCAUAUUUCUUUAUUUUUAAGGUAAAGCCUUUUGGAAUCCACAUUUUACACUAAAUAAGAAAUGAUGUUUCCUGGGGACAGAAAAGACGCAGCAUGGUAGGAAUGACCCGGCUGAGAGUACUUAGAACCUCUGAACAUAGUGCCUGCCGUAAUUUGCGAGUGCACACGGUUUUACAUGUAGAAUUGUGUGAUAAUGUCGGCAGUCAGAGAGGUCUACAGCAGGUGGUCCCUAAAACAGCGUGCUGAACGAUCAGCAGAUGAAAGCUAGAUCUACAUUCGGUGCGAUGUGUGCGAGCCUUAAGGGUUCAGACAGUGUUAUUGACUACAUCCAGACAGUGUUUGGUAGAGCAGUGUGUCAGAGAACACUAACAGGAAAGACGUGGUUUGCUCUGUGAGGUCUGGGAAGUUCUCACUUGCCUCUCUCUCAGCCUGCGUCUCAAAUGGCAGCCUAUUUUCUAUAGUGCACUAUUUUUGUCCAGAGCCCUGGUCAAAAGUAGUGUACUAGGGUGCCAUUUAGGAUGCACACUCAGUCUGAAUGGGGCUGUGAAUGGUUUAUGUGAAUUCUGAUUGUCUUUGUGUGUGAUUAAGGUGUGAGGAAGAGGAGUCAGCACCAGGGGCCUGAGGAUAUCUACCUGGACGACCUGAACGCUAUGGAACCUGACGUUGUCGCACGCUACUUAGGUCCCAAGAGGUAUCUCAUCAUGCCAUUCAUCCCAUGUAUUGAAGCCCUAUUCCUUUCAUAGCGCACUACUUUUGACCAGGGCCCAUAGGGUUGUGUUGCAGUGACUGACCAGUCUGUGGUUGUGUCUGUGUGUUGCAGUGAGUCCGAGACGGUCCCUAAGCACUGGGUGGAGGUUGGCCGGUGCGAUGGGUCCCAGUCUCCCCAGUCUGUGGGUAGUGCAGCGGCCGACAGCGGGACCGAGUGUAUGUCUGACUCGGCUGGGGAUCUACCAGACAUCACCCUGUCUCUCUGUGGAGGGGUCGGAGAGAACUCUGAAAUCUCUAAAGGUAAGGUGUCCUACUGUAUGUAAGUGUUAUAUUAUAGUGACUAGGGCUGUGUCCUAAAUUGCACCUUAUUUCCUAUAUAGUGCACUACUUUUGACCAGGGCCUGUAGGGAAUAGGGUGCCAUUUGGGACAUAGCCUAGGGCUUCACUUUGAUAAGUACGCAAAUAACUAACUAGUACACUAUUACUCACAAAUGCCACAAAUAAUAAUGUGAUAUAUUAUAUUAUAUGACAAUAGAGAUGCUAUAAUGAUGAACAGAUUAUGAUGCCUUGAAGAUGCAAAUGCUAUAAUACUUUUAUUGCAGAGAAAUUCAUGGAGCACAUCAUCACAUAUCAUGAAUUUGCUGAAAAUCCAGCAAUCAUCGACAAUCCCAAUUUGGUGGUUAGAAUUUCAAACCGGUGAGUCGUUACAGCCAUCAUACUCAUACUAAUUCAUAUUACUGCAUCAUUCUAAUUCUUAGACUGAAAUUUUGAACAGAAGUUCACAAUUUGUAGAUUUCCUUUAACAAAUCACAAUUCUAUUAUUAUACAGUUCCUUCAGAAAGUAUUCACACCCCUUGACUUUUUCCAAAUGUGGUUGUGUUACAGCCUGAAUUUAAAAUUGAUUAAAUUGAUACCCCAUUAUGUCAAAGUGGAAUUAUAUUUGUACACAUUUUUACAAAUUAAUUAAAAAUGAAAAACUCAAAUGGCUUGAGUAUCAACCCCUUUGUUAUGGCAAGCCUAAAUAAGUUCAGAAGUAAAAAUGUGCUUAACAAGUCACAUAAUAAGUUGCAUGGACUUUAACAUGAUUUUUGAAUGACUACCUAAUCUCUGUACCCCAUUAUCUUUAAGGUCCCUCAGUCAAGCAGUGAAUUUCAAACACGAUUCAACCACAAAGACCAGGAAGGUUUUCCAAUGCCUCGCAAAGAAGGCCACCUAUUGGUAGAUGGGUAAAAAUAUAAAAAAGCAAACAUUGAAUAUCCUUUUGAGCAUGGUGAAGUUAUUAAUUACACUUUGGAUAGUGUAUUAAUACAUUUAAAUUUUAGUCAUUUAGCAGACGCUCUUGUCCAGAGCGACUGCAUACAUUUUCAUAUAUUUUAUUUUUUACUGGCCCUGUGUGGGAAUUUAACCCACAACCCUGGCAUUUCAAGCACCAUGCUCUACCAACUGAGCCACACCCAGGCACUACAAUACAACCAGUCACUACAAAGAUACAGGCGUCCUUCCUAACUCAGUUGCCGGAGAGGAAGGAAACCGCUCAGGGAUUUCAACAUGAGGCCAAUGGUGACUUUAAAACAGUUACAGAGUUUAAUGGCUGUGAUAGGAGAAAACUGAGGAUGGAUCAACAACAUUGUGAUUACUCCACAAUACUAACCUAAUUGACAGAGUGAAAAGAAGGAAGCCUGUAAAGAAUAAAAUAUUCCAAAACAUGCAUCCUGUUUGCAAUAAGGCACUAAAGAAACACUGCUACAGACACUAGGAGGAAAAUUCACCAUUCAGCAGGACAAUAACCUAAAACACAAGGCCAAAUAUACAUUGGAGUUGCUUACCAAGACGACGUUGAAUGUUUUUGAGUGGCCUACUUACAGUUUUGACUUAAAUCGGCUUGAAAAUCUAUUGCAAGACUUGAAAAUGGCAGUCUAGCAAUGAUCAACAACCAACUUGAUAGAGCUUGAAGAACUUUUUCAAAGAAUAAUGUAUACAUAUUGUACAAUCCAAGGGAGCAAAGCUCGUAGAGACUUACCCAGAAAGACUCAUAGCUGUAAUCGCUGCCAAAAGUGAUUCUAAAAUGUAUUGACUCAGGGGUAUGAAUACAUAUGUAAAUGAGAUAUUUCUGUAUUUCAUUUUCAAUAAAUGUGCAAUAAAUGUCUAAAAACAGGUUUCUGCUUUGUCAUUAUUGGGUAUUGUGUGUAGAUGGGUGAGACAUUUUUUUAUAUUUAAUCCAUUUUGAAUUCAGGCUGUAACAACAAAAUGUGGAAUAAGUCAAGGGGUAUGAAUACUUUCUGAAGGCACUGUAUAUAUAAAUAUAUAUUUAUAUAUAUAUAUUUGUUAUUAUUAUUAUUUUUACAGAUAUUACAACUGGACAUUGGCAGCUCCAUUGAUACUAAGUAUGCAAGCUUUCCAGAAGAACCUGCCCAAGGUAGAUCACACAUUAUGCAUUAUGAAUGUAUGUUAUAAUGUCAACAUUCUGUGCAUAUACUCAUAAAUACUUAAUGUGUAUCUAAGGCCACAGAGGAGGCGUGGGUGAAAGAGAAGAUGCCUAAGAAGUCCGGCCGCUGGUGGUUCUGGAGGAAGAGCAGCGUCAAACAGGUAGGGUGUGCGUCCCAAAUGGUACCCUAUUCCCUAUAUAGUGUACUACUCAGGGCCGAUAGGGCUCUGCACAAAAGUAGUGACUCAACUCUGGACCUCGAAGCCAGUUACACUGCAUUUUUUAAUUGUUCCCCUCUAACCAGGGACUGAUUUAGACAUGGGACACCAGGUGGGUACAAUUAAUUAUCAGGUACCCCUGAUAUAGGGAAUAGGGUGCCAUUUGGGACAAACAAGUGCUCUUGCAGUACGCUUUAGGGCCACUGGUAUUGAUACUCUGUAGUACUCAUAGUGAAAUCGACCUUAACUGAACUGCUUUCCUGAUACUAUCAUUUGUCACCUUAAACAGAUGGUCCAGGAUUUUCACCCUCUCAUUCCUCAUGACUCUUUGUUUGUGUUUGGCAGGAAAUAGUUCCCAUGUGAAUCCCAUUGGAUUUGAAUUUCCAUUGUAAAUUAGCUUAAACAAAUCAGAGUGAGGAGAACCAUGUGCUAAUUGUACUGCAUGAUCUUAGGAAGGAUUUUGUCAUGUAGAAAAUGGGCAGUAAUUACACUAUAAAUCAAGGAAAAAUACUAGGCCAUAUAAAAUGUGUUUUGACAUGAUGGAUGUUUCAUUAACGGGUGAUUAAUGUUGUCUGCUCCGCUUUCCAGUCUUCAGAGGCCAAGAUGGACAGACAGGAGUCCCAACACAGAGACACAGAGAGCCCUGUCCUAGAUCAACAGAGUCCAGCAGUGCCACAGUGAGUCAGCUUAGCACCACCCUGUCUCACCCUGUCUGUCCCCCACCACCCCUCCCUGGCAUUGUUUCACAAGGGGUAGCCCAAUUAUUCACACGGUGAUGUCACCCGCCUCACCCAUAUUCUUCAUGACACCAACCAAUGGGAAACUAGAUUAGCCCUGGAAAAACAGUGAUUCAUAGGAAAUGCCCCUGAGAACAUGCAUGAGGGACCCUGUUUAAGAGUCUCAUCAGCGUUUUGUCUUUCAGUAAUAAAUAAAGCUCAUUGACAAUUCAGAGUGUUGGGAUACUGCCAUCUAGCGGCAGCAUAUACAAACGCUGGAUUUUUCAUUUUAAUAACUGAUGUCUAGAGAAGCGUCAUUCCUCUCUUUAUAUUUUCAGAGUAACUACUCACUAAUCAUAUUAGUUUAAUCUUAUACUGUUUUUAGGAAGUCUGAUGUUGACCUGAGGUUGUUGUUAUUUGACAUGCAGGCAGAAAGCAGUAGAAGACUCCUCCAGUGAUGAAGAAUCGAAAGAGCUCAACACAGUGGCACCUACUGAGCGUGUGCACACAGAGCUACCUGCAUCAACCGGCUCGCACUCCUACAAGAAGUCUCUCCGCCUCUCAUCUGACCAGAUAGUAAGAGCUUAUAACUUAUAAAGUGAUAUUAUUUAAAUCCUAUAAAGUGAUAUUGGCACAUAGAGUUGGAUAGAGGGCGCAUCUUUGCAUCCUUACCCUAAUAGCUUCUGUGACAGCAUGGGCAGCACCAUUGAGGGUUAUUGAGGGCAAGUGCACCCUCUGUCCAACUCUGUUUGUUAGCACCUGUGAGUACCCAGCAGAGAUUUUGGAAACCACUUCCUGUCACACUCUCUCAGGCACCAGUUUAUUUGUGUCUUCUCAUAGGUCAGUCUGAAGCUGAGGGAGGGGCCUAAUGACGUCACCUUCAGCAUCACCACCCAGUACCAGGGAACGUGUCGCUGCGAGGGCACCAUCUACCUGUGGAACUGGGAUGACAAAGUCAUCAUCUCUGACAUCGACGGCACCAUCACCAAGUAAAGUGGCCUUCAAUUCUGUUUAACUACAUUACCCAGUCAGUCCCCUCAGUCUUAACUCCUAGGCUGCAUCCCAAAUGUCAACCUAUUCCAUAAAUAGUGCACUACUUUUGGACCAGAACCCAUAUAGGGAAUAGGGUGCCAUUUGGGACACAGUCAGAUUCUCAGGAGACUCAACAUCUGAUAUGGGAUUAAGAUCCUCUCCUGAUCUUUUAAUCUCUCAUCUUCUGUUUGAUGCAGAAGGUCUGUCUGGUAAUCAGAUAAUGGUCUUCUGUCCAAACACAUGAUUACACAUGAUUACCCUUAAAGGGGAAAUCUGGGAUUCAAACAAAGCGGUUCUUCAAGAAUAAAUGGCCAGUUUACAAGUAUAAAAAUGGAUGUAUCAAUCCCACACUCUGAAAUGUAAAGGUGCAAGUUGGAACCAAAUAAGGUUGUUGAGAGCGAUGCCAUAAGGGAACCAUUUUAGGGCACCAGUUUAUUUGUGUCUUCUCAUAGGUCAAAUUAAAGCUGAGAGUCUGCACUUUAACCUUAUAGUCAUUGCAUGAUUUCAAAUCAAAACGUUUGGAGUAUAGAGCCAAAAUAAGAAAAAAUGCUUUACUGUCCCAAUAAUUACGGAGGGCACUGUACCUUGAAUUUUCUUUCGCGGGUGACUUUUCAUUAUCUGGAUAGACACUUGUGGUUUCUAGCUAACGUUACACCAAUCAAAGUGGAGCAUGUAGUGAAGCAAAUCUUUAGUGGUCAAAACCAUUCGUCUUUGGGCGACGGGGGGGAGCGAGUUUGCAAAAUGAUAUCAUAUCAGGCAACCAUUUAUAAACUGGUCAUAUUAUUUAUUUUUUAGUACAGACUAGCUAAAAAAAUAAGUGAAAAUUGACAAAUUAUCCAAUGGAUUAUGAGAAUUUUCUGGUAAAAAAGUGGAGGUGCAAAAACAGAAGUUUGCACCCCCUAUUUUUAUUUGCUCCAUGGCUCAGGCGGCCAAGUGGACCCAAGGCUGUUUGGCUCACCUCAGUCGCGAAGAGGAAUAACUUUGAAGCUGUUGCUGAUUAAUAUACAAUGCCAUGCUGGUGGGUGGUAACAUUAAAAUAAAACCCAGCCCUGAAAUAGUUUUAUCAUAGGAAAAGACACCACAUUCACAUGGAUUUGCACAAAGUGGGCAGUUUGGAUUUGUCACUUCAAGCCCAGAUAUAUCAUACUUUGACUAAAAUGAUUACUUAUUGACUUAAAUUUUUAUGCAACAUCAUGGGGUAAGCUCUGGCCAUCAUCUUUCAGCUUGAAAAAGUGGAUUUCUACUGGUGUGUGCGUUAAUAUCCCCCCAAAUUCUCCCUUUUCUUAGGUCGGAUGUGUUUGGCCAAAUCCUUCCUCAGCUUGGGAAAGACUGGACUCAUCAAGGCAUCGCUAAGCUCUACCACUCAGUGCAUGAGUAAGUAUGCCCCAGUCCAGGGCCUGCGUAUGUAUCAAGCGUCUCAGAGUAAGAGUGCUGAUCUAGGAUCAGGUCCCCCCUGUCCAUGUAAUCUUAUUCAUUGUGACCUAAAAUGCUAAACUGAUCCUUGUCAGCACUCCUAUUUGAGUUGCUUGAUACAUAUGGCCCUAGAACUACCAUUUCUCACAUCCACCACUUAGUCAAUGCAUGAAUAAUCACAUUCCUGUUUCACAUAAAAAAAUACAAUUCCAGUAGUUCAACAAUUAGAGAGCGUGGAUAGGAUAAGGAUCUAAUGUAGGCUCUAUAUUCAAGUUGAGAUUGCAGUUAUACUUCAAUAUGUAUGCCUACUGCCUUCAGGAAUGGCUACAAAUUCCUGUACUGUUCGGCGCGGGCAAUCGGCAUGGCGGACAUGACCAGAGGGUACCUGCACUGGGUGAAUGACCGGGGAACCAUCCUGCCUCGAGGGCCCCUCAUGCUGUCCCCUAGCAGCCUCUUUUCUGCCUUUCACAGGUACAACUCACUCUUAACUUCUCAGUUGGUUCAGUCUGCUUGGAAUUGUAAUAACGUUGUAAUAUAGUUACAUUUCAAGGCUUUUAGUUUCCUUUCUAUUUAACCUUCUAUCAGGGAGGUGAUUGAAAAGAAGCCAGAGAAGUUCAAGAUUGAAUGCCUAACAGACAUCAAGAACCUCUUCUACCCAAACACACAUCCCUUCUACGCAGCCUUUGGAAACAGAGCAAAUGUAAGCUUUGUUUUACCUUCUCAUUGUGUACUUAUUUUAGAAUAUGCUCAGAAUUAGGGUGAUUGUUAAGACUACUCUUCUGUUUCUGGCUCAGGAUGUGUUUGCCUACAAGCAAGUGGGUGUACCAGUGUGUCGGAUAUUCACAGUCAACCCCAAAGGAGAGCUCAUCCUAGAGCAAUCGAAAGGCAAUAAGACUUCGUAAGUAGCGACUUCACAGGACUAUAAUCAUAAUGACUGUUUAUCUCUCUGUAUGUCAGUAGUGUGGGUUUCUUUGGGAGUAUUUUGGCCAGAUUCAAUUGCCGACAAUGCACCUUUUAAAGGUGUUCAUGGAGAUCGUCUGAUGUUCGCAGAGAUCACAUUCACGGUAAAUGCUGUGGAUGUAGGCUCAAGCGUAUAUUACCUUCAAAGUCUAGUGCAGUGCGCUUGUCGACAACGUGCCUUUAAAUGAAUCCCGACCUUAGUCAGUAAGUACAGUAACUGUUGUCUAACCCCUUCCCUGUCUUUCACUGUAGGUACGGCCGACUGAGUGAACUGGUGGAGCACGUUUUCCCUUUACGCAGUAAGGAACAGAGCGCCACCUUCAGUUUCCCAGAAUUCAGUUCUUUCUGCUUCUGGAGACAGCCAAUCGCUGAAGUCUGUCUUGAGGAGCUGCUCUGAAACAACCAAUCGAUGAAGUGUGUCUUGAGGAGCUGCUCUGAUUCUGAUUGGACAGUUCCCACAGCUGUGGUAUUAUCAGGUAUUAAGGCGAUAACCAACAGACACUUUGGUAUGGUAGAUGCACUUUGUGUCUUUUGGAUGGAAUGAAAUCACUUGAAAUCAACCGCAUUCAUUGAAAUCGAUGUAAGCAAUAUUUGUAUUGCUUAAUAAUUGUAUGGGUCUUUCCAUGAUGAUUGCUUGUACUGCCUUAACUGAUGACUAUACUAUGUGUCUUCUGAUGCUGAAUCAUAUUCCAUUGUUUAGUGCUCCACAGGUUUAAUAGCAUUCAUUGAUAAAUCAAUAAGAACUGCCUCUCAUGAUCAAUUUAGGCAUACAUUCCAAUACAGACUGUACAGCCAUUUUACAAUACAAUGUGAAGAGAAAGAAGACAGGCUUAGUUGUAAGGUUAGUUAGUUAUUUGGCUUGAGUGAAAAUGCACUCCCUAUGUUGGAGUGUUCCGCUGUUUGGGAAGGCCUUACGGUAUAGUGUAUGCAUGCUAUGCUAAGUUUUAACUAAGGGCUCUAUUCAAUCCUUAUCGUGGAAAUUCAGUGUUACAGUGUGAUUGAAA